CAACCCGACAGACAUCGAUCAUGGACAUGGAUCCGGCUGUGGCUGCAGCAGAGGAGGAGCAGAAGAAGAACGCCGGUGGGUACCGGUACUGGGCGCGGAACGUGCCGGACUCGCAGCGGCUUCCGGAGCAAAUCGCCUCCGAGGCUGAGGCCCAGGUGAGCGUCGUACCGGGCGCGUCGGCCUGGAACACCGGCGGGACUUGGGAGGAAAAGUCUGUGUUGAGCCAUACGCGCGACUUUCUGGAGGUCCGGAUGCUCGGGAUUGAGCUCCAUCCGCAGUGCCGGGUGUGCGGGGUGGAGUCGGUGACCGGCGACGCAUCGGUGGUCUUUGUCCGGCAGAAGAAGCGGCCGGGAUUUGAGCUGGAUGUCACGCUCAAGUGGGCGUGGUAUGCGGAUGCGGAUGCGGCGGCGGCGGCGGUGCCAGGCGUAGAGGACGAUGAGGCUGUAACGGGGUUGUGACAGGUACGCUCAAGUUGGCGGAGGUGGCGGAGCACUCGCGCGAUGCCGACGACAUCAAGGACGCCAUGAGCGUCAAGGUCAAGAAGCGCGGCGACAAGCCGAAGAGCAUUGACGCCUCUAUUCGCAGGGGCAUCGAGAGUGAAGGCCCGGCUGCACUCGAGGCAGUCUUCAAUGAGCUGUACGAGGCACUGAAGGCGCUGUAGUGCGCGCGAGGUAAACAGGCGUUGCUCACUC